CCAGCUGGAAUCUACGAUUAUGUCAGCCGCAGCCCGAGUCUUGACUCCGAAAGGAGCAUAUCAAAGCCUGUGGAAAGCCGUUCCGAUUUGUAUCCAAACAUGCUUGCGGAUCUUUGCUCUGACUCCUUAUGGGAUCUGUUUGAAACUCUACGAAGCCGGCGCGCAAGCAAGCCUAAUCUAGUAACGCUGGAGACAUUGGUUACAAUGGGCGUGCUUCAGAAGGGGUUCGAACAGUGGCAUGCGUUGCUAGACAAAGCUGGUACCGCAAACCUCCCAGGUCUCGCUCAAGACGAGUCAGAUCCUUUCAAGAUCAGUAUGAUGCUCAAUCUAAUCGAAAUAUGUGCUCAUCUGGAGGAGGCUGAAUUCUACCUAGAUGGACCUGAUACUACGUCGAAAUGGCAGCACGCCCAUGAUGCUCUCGAUUAUUGCCGCAGCCUUGGAGUUAAGAGCGACGAUCGAUGGCACAGCGAAGAUGAAAAGGAAGAGGAGGAAGCAGAUCUUAAAGUUAGAUCGACUACCACACUCCAACCAUUGGCAAGCUCACUGACGGAUUAUGGGUUUCCGGUUGCUUCUGACGAAAAGUCCUUCGACACUAGUUUGAAAGGUAUUCUGAGAAGCUUUUCAACGCUGGAGAGUCUCGUUCCGGGACUAGAGUUGAGACUCUACAUGUCGAACUUUGGCCUAGAUACCAGCUCCCGGAACCACGGACCUGCCAGUACA